AUGAAGGCUUUCCUCACCCUGGGGUUCCUCUUGCUUUCUGUCACUGUCCAGGCCAAGGUUUACAGUCGAUGCGAGUUCGCCAGAAUUCUGAAAAGACAUGGAAUGGAUGGCUACAGGGGAAUCAGUCUGGCAAACUGGGUGUGUUUGGCUCAGCAUGAGAGUGGCUUUAACACAAAAGCUACAAACUACAACCCUGGACCCAGAAGCACAGACUAUGGGAUAUUUCAGAUCAAUAGCAAAUACUGGUGUAAUAAUGGCAAAACCCCAGGAGCAGUGAAUGCCUGUGGGAUACCCUGCAGCGUGUUGCUCCAGGAUGACAUCACUCAAGCCAUACAAUGUGCAAAGAGGGUUGUGAGGGAUCCACAAGGCAUUAGAGCAUGGGUGGCAUGGAGAAGCUACUGUCAAAACCGAAAUCUCAGCCAGUAUGUUCGGGGCUGUAGACUCUAA